AAAUAAUACGAACUCUAUGCUGUGAAUUAAAAAAAAAACUGAUUUCAUAUUUCGAACUGAUUCGAAGUUUAAAAGUGAAGUUUUGUUUCUUUUUUUGCAAAAGUGCGGCUACGGAAUAGUGAACUGUUAACUUUUGGAACUUUUUUUUCUACAUAAAUAAAGUAAAAGAAGUACUUUUUAGUUGCAUAAUGUAUCAGUUUAUAUGUGCUUGGUGACUUUUAACGAGUGCCUGAGUAAAGAAAAGAUGGACUGGCAACAUUACCAAGACAUCCACGCCCCACUAUCGCCGACGUGAAACCACCAUGGCCACCGCCAACGCCAGCAGCCACUAUGGCAUGGCUGCCCUGGCCGGAAAGUAUGAUCCUAUCAACAUCAGCGGCACCUACUUCGGGAGAGGCGUCGUCAUCCUCACCAAAACCCUCACUGGAGAAAGCAUGGAUGUCAUCGACGAACCCAGAACCAACAAAACAAUUGACAUAAUUGACGUUAAUGUAGUCCAAGUCGCAUUCUGCAUUCUCUACACCAUCAUCUUCGUUUUGGGAGUCUUUGGCAACGUUCUCGUCUGCUACGUCGUCUUCAGAAACAGAGCCAUGCAAACGGUCACCAACCUCUUCAUAACCAAUCUAGCCCUAUCAGACAUCUUACUAUGCCUAUUCGCAGUGCCUUUAACACCGAUGUACACUUUCCUCGGAAGAUGGGUCUUUGGAAGGUUGCUCUGUCAUCUUAUGCCGUACGCACAAGGCACAAGCGUCUACAUAUCAACGCUAACUCUAACCUCAAUAGCUAUUGACAGAUUCUUCGUCAUAAUAUACCCUUUCCACCCUCGAAUGAAGCUGAACACUUGCAUAUUUAUAAUCAUCUUCAUAUGGCUAUUCUCAUUAGUAGUAACCUGCCCGUACGGUCUCUUCAUGGGGUUACUAAUCACAAAGAACAAGACGUACUGCGAAGAAAGCUGGCCUUCAGACAGGUCGAGGAAAAUAUUCGGAGUUUUCACUACAGUUUUGCAAUUCCUAAUACCUUUCUUAGUAAUUGCCAUCUGUUACACUUGCGUUAGUAUAAGAUUGAACGACCGAGCAAGGUCGAAACCUGGUGCUAAGAAUACUAGAAGAGAAGAAGCGGACAGAGACAGAAAAAGACGCACAAAUAGAAUGUUGAUAUCAAUGGUGGCUAUAUUUGGUAUUUCGUGGCUUCCCAUAAAUCUAAUUAAUAUAUUUAAUGACUUCUACGCUCAGAUGACUGAGUGGAAUUUCUAUUACGUGUCGUUUUUCCUCGCCCAUUCGAUGGCAAUGGCCUCUACGUGCUAUAACCCUUUUCUGUACGCUUGGUUGAACGAGAAUUUUAGGAAGGAGUUCAAACAGGUGUUGCCUUUUUUCGAAUCGACGGGCGGGGUGAGGAAUAGCUACCACUCGGGUCGGAUGCCCACGCACAAGUCUGACAAAAUAUGCAAUGGCAACGAGACCAUUCAGGAGACUUUACUGGCGUCCUCUUUCAACCGAGGCCCGUCUAUAAAGCAGAGGAUUCUGGAAGGGAACGGGAAAAAGGAUAGCGUUGAAAUAGAAAAUAUUUUAUUGGAGGAUAAAACAAUCUCGGCCACUUUUCACACGAAGAGUGAGAACAUCAAUUUGCAGCUCAUCGAUGAGGAGUCACAGCUGAGUGAGCCUACGGAGAGUAAGGCCCCGCCUUUAUAAAUACAAUAUAAGCUGAUUCUACAACGAUUCUAAACGACAACAUUUUUUUUGUACAGUCAAUAUUGUUCUUUUAAAAUACUUUUGGCAAAGUACAAGUAAUUAAUAUAGAGUUUAUAGAGAAUGUAAGUGUCAUGUAAAUACAACGCACAAUGUUCCUUGUUUACUAAUUCAAUAAACACAUGCUUGAUGUUAAGCUUUGUUUUGUAUAGUAUAAAGAUACGUUAGAGUAACUUCAAAGUUACUGUAUUAAAAAGUAAUUUAAUAGGUCAUGUUGAAUGUAAUUAUGCCCACAUACACGUUGUUAAGGUAAAUAAUACUUAAUUACUGUUGAUUGAAUAAUUCCUUCUGUAUUGAACUUAAUAAAACUGAUGACUUUUUUCAAUCAGGGUACUUGUCUUGCUCUAAGAUUAAAAGAUGCAAGUAUUAUAAUAUUAUGUAGCUUACAUCUAAUUACAGACUAAUUACACCAACUAAUUUGUCAAAAUAUGCAAACGCCGUUUGUGAUUGAA